UACUCGUGUAUUUACUAUUUACUACUACAUGACAUUUGACGUUUGUUUUGCUAUUGUACGAGUGUUUGUUGUGAUUUGGGGUCUUUGUGGAAAAAUAGAUACAUUUUCAUUAAGACACGAUAACUUCAGGCCUUUUAAGUGGUAAAAAAAGCAGUCAUUUUUAUCUCAGUUACUUAAACAGAGAGAAAAAAAUGUCUUUUUUUAAAAACGUUACGUCUGGUUUUACAACACGCAGUCGCGAUACAAUACUAAAGGAAGCAUUGAUACACAAUUUAUCCGAGUGUGUGAAAGAAAUACAAUACAGCAACCAGUUUGAAGAGAAUUUUCACAGCGUCUUGGGAUCGACGGACUCUACGAACACACUUUGUACUGCGUUAGAGGCAGUAUUUCUCCAUGGGCUUAAAGACACUUUCCUAAGGAAAGCAAAAAACGCACUUACAGGUGAUUCCGACCAGCAGCCGCAACCGAAUUUUUGGCCGCUUGUGCUAGUAUUAUCGCACCGACAAAACAUAGACCAAAUAUCGUCAUUGCCUCAAAUAAACACAGAAAUAGGCCAAUGUCGUGCAUGGCUACGAAUCGCGCUUAACGAAUGCUUGCUCUCGUCGUAUAUGUCCACGUUGUUGCGGAAUAUAUCUGCGGUGAAACCGUUCUACAGUAAAACUGCUUUUGUGUGUGAUUCAGAGAUAUUGGAAGUAGCUCAAAAAUUGAUUGAGGGUUUGGAAACAUGUAUACAAUUCAAUUUGCCAAUAAACUCAAGUUUGUUAAAUUACUGGCCGGAACAUGUGUUAAUGUUGGCCGGCAUCUGGAUUCCUAAAAUUAGGCAAGCUCCUAUCAGUGCAGCUUUGGAUGUAGCUAGUACUCUCACUGAUGAAGAAGUUAAGCCAAAGUUAGCUUCUACUCCUACACAUAGCUCCAAUAUCACAGGACUGGGGCAAAUGUUUGUUCUAAAUGAAGAUGAAGCUUUAAAUAUCAUACUAUCCAAGAAUUCUGCAGAUAUUAUUAGAAAAACUGCUAAAUUAGAUCUGAAUGAGGAAGGGAUUGACAUCAACAAUGAAAAGACACCUACCAAUGAGGAAGUAAAUAAAGAAGAUAACGCUCAAUCAGCAUCAGUAGAUAUAGAAAAACCAUCAACAAGCCAAGAACCAGUUGAUGAACAACCUGUAUCCCCCUCCUCAUUCAACUUGGAUGAUUUUGUUACACCUGCAGAUAUUGUUGUUACUGGUAACUCACUCAGUGGAAAAGGAUGGUCGACAGAUAACAAUGAUGACAUGAAUGCUUCAAUCAAUUCAAAUUCAUCUCAUGGAAGCAGCUUGAUUAAAACACCUGAGCUGAAAAGCUUGUCAUCGCUUGUGGAUCAUUCAAACACUUAUGGUGAAACAUACACCACCACACCAAAUUUGCGAGACAUAAUGAAAGAUAUACAUCAAGAAUUGAAACUCACUGCAGAAGAUACUGAAAUACGCAGCCUAAAAAUGGAUGCUGUAACCCCUGAAGACCCUUUACUUCAAGGUCUUGAUUUUGAAGUUGUACCGAGCUCCACAACAGGAUCUUUCACAGUUCAGGAACUCCAAAAGAUGAUACAACAAUUAGGAACUUUAUCUCGAGAACAAGGGUUGGAUUAUCAGAAUUAUCAGUGUAAAGGAUGCCAAGAUUUGUUGGGAAGCACUAUUUCAAAAGCAAAAGUAUGUGCUUAUACUGGAGAAUACUUCUGCUCAAACUGCAUGGAUCCCAAUGUGUUUAUCAUACCUGCUAGAGUUAUACACAACUGGGAUUUCAAAAGAUAUCCAGUGUCAAAGAAAUCGGCUCUCUUUCUCUUAGAAUUUCAACAUCACCCAUGGAUAGACAUGAAGAAACUGAACCCAAAGAUUUACUGUGGCGUUUCAGACAUGGCACACUUGCAGGAACUGAGAGUACAAUUAAAUUUCCUCAGGGCAUAUAUUUUCACUUGUCGGGAGCCUGUAAUUGAAGAGCUGCAGAAGCGUGUGUGGCCGAGAGAAUAUUUGUAUGAACAUCUACAUCUGUAUACUAUAUCUGAUUUGGCACAAAUCCCUAAUGGAUCUUUAGUGCUACAACUGGAAAAAGUAGUACUUUUUGCAAAAUCGCAUGUUCUAGAUUGCUGGUUAUGCAGCCAAAAAGGUUUUAUAUGUGAAGUUUGUAGAGAUCCUAAAAUAUUGUAUCCAUUUGAAACAGCUACCACAUACAGGUGUGAUGAUUGUUCAAGUGUGUUUCAUGCACAAUGCCUCAAUGCCAACAUACCAUGUCCUAAAUGUAGAAGAAAGCAAAACCGUACAAAUGAUUCAUCAUUAGUAGACGCUCUGCAUGCUCAUUUUAAAAAGCAAUAAUUUGAUUUUCAAUAAGAAAUGUAUGACCUUAAUAUAUUUGCCAUAAUUUACUUUAUAAAUAAAUCCACGCUAUAUAGAUCAUAAGUAAUAUUUAAAACAUUUUUGUUGAAAUUAUAGAAACAUAUUUAUUUUCAUUAGUUACUCUGUUAUUCAAAUAUAAUUAUUGAUUUACGUAUUUUAUUUUAUGAGGGUAAACUACAAAAUAACGUAUAAUCAUAUUUAUGACUGAACAUAAUAACAUGAAACUUCCUUUGUUAUCUAUUUAUAUAUUUUUUUUGUAAAUAACAAGUAAUCAAAUUCAUUUACAAUUAUUGGUUAAGUGGUCUUAGUGAGUAGUACUUUUUAUCACACUUAAUUGCAUACAAGAUAAACCAUUAUAUUAAAAUCUCAUUAGCUCAGAGUUAGUUGCUUGACUCAAAAAUUGUGAUAUACCUAUACUAUAAAUGUACCUACCUAAUAAUAUGUCAGUAGGUCAAUGUUUAUUUUGCAAAAUGUUAUUGAAAUUUAUCAAGUAAUCUAACCUAGAUAAAGCGAUACGUAUUAAGAAAGCCUUCAGAUUAUAUAACAGAUUUUGUCCAUAAUAAAUAGAUUGUUACCUACUCUCAACCAAAUUUGUAUCUUGUGAAACCUGUUUCUCGCAAUUAUUCUGGGUCCCGAUUCCCGGAAAGGAUGUCGCUGCUCUUUCUUACACUAUUUGAAUUACUGUACAUAACAAAUAGACAUGACACAAAUAUUCUCGCGAAUAAAUGGGCGCAAUAGUAUGUUAGGCAGAAAGCAAAUAUUGUUUGAAUGACAAGGUUACCAUUCGUCCGGAAUAAUAGGGACAAAUCCGCUGUUCAAUAUAAUUUUGUCUGGAUAUUGUCUAGCGUUUUAUUUUAUGAUUUUAUGCCUAAGUUUCGGCCAAAUUACCUAUUAUUAAAAUUAAGUAAAACAAUACGCAUUAAAAUCAUAAAUCAUUUUUUUCCCUAUAAAUGCAUUGCGGCGUGUGUGCCUAGGAUAUUUUUUUUCCUUUUGUUAUGUACUGUAAUCAGAAAUGUCUACAUUUUAUUCAAGGAAUUUCUACAAAUCUAUCGAUGAAGUGUAGAAAAAGAAAGGCAGUCUAGUGUUUCUCGAGUGUGUUUGACUUAGUUUCGAUUUGCACGUGGUGGACAUUUAAUUUCAGUCGCGUCAGUUUUAGUUUCGGUGUCAUCUGAAUGCGUGCCCUUAUUUGUCCUGUUUUAACAGAAGCAAUGUGGGCGGAAUAGUCUUUAUCUGCCUAUUGUAUUACCUACAAUAGACACUUUUCACAUUCGCUUGUUUACUGCGUAGGUUCUGCAGCUGUUUGAAAUUGUAAUAAAGGAUAACAAAGCGAUAACAGUUUAUCUUAUUAUCAAAACCAAAGGACUUAGGUAUACCUAUGUAUAAUGUUAUUAUUUCAAUAAAUA